AUGGGUUCAACACAGUUUGGCAACUUUUUUAACUUCUGCCGAGACUCAACACUACCCGUCUGCAAUGUGCUAUCCGACAGCCAUAGUCAAACUGGCCCGUGGGACCAAUGCGUGUUGAAGGGUAUCUCCCUCAGCGGAGGCCGCAAGCUGGGAAAUCUCGGCUCAAUUCUCAUUGCCGCCCUUGCUAUUGUCGUGACACUUUUUCUAUUGCUGCGGUCUGAGCGGAAGAAGGCUGCAGUAGGUCGGAGGGAAAUGCAACUGUUCCUUGUCAGCUUUAUCAUUAUUGAAAUAUGCGAGAUCUUCACCGUUGGAGACUUUCCAUUGGCGGAAAACGUUCGAAUAGCUUUCACUGGAAUUCAUCUUGGUAUGAUUAUUGCAUCGACCUGGAUCCUCAUGCUCAACGCGGUCGUUGGCUACCAAAUCGUCGACGAUGGAACGCCUAUGUCCAUGGGCCUGAUCAUUGCCUCCGCCACUAUCCUCUUGGGCGGUACGCUUUACAUCACGCUUGAUACCGGCUUCAAGUGGACGGGUUACUGGGACUCUUCGUACACUGCGCCGAACCGCCACAUUGCUCUCUACGUCCUGUACCAGCUUGCGCCGCUAAUUUUCCUUGUCGCAUUUUUCGUUCUCGAAGCUAUCCUCGUCGUUCGGGUUCUCGGCGAGAUGCGGCCGAUGAUCUACCUGACGGCAGCCUUGCUACUCUUUGCCAUUGGUCAGAUCUUCAACUACGUUGUGAGCUCUCACAUCUGCAAUGGCACCAAUGGUGCGAUUGACGGCGCGCUAUUCGAGACCUUGUUCACCCUGCUUGCUGUCGUGGCAGUCUGGGUGUUCUGGUCUAGCAUCACCGAGGAUGAUUGGCCCAUGCCUGUCGGAACCACCUUCCCCUAG